UGUAUUUCUCAAGAAGAUUUACGUUUUCUGUCAAAAAUGGAAACAGGCAUCAGACACAAGGAAGAUGGUCAUUAUGAAAUGCCUUUGCCUUUCAAAGAAGACAGACCAAAUUUGCCCAACAAUAAAGGAUGUGCUAUUCAUCGCCUCAAAAGCUUAGAAAAAAGGCUUAAAAGAGAUGAGAAAUACUAUAGAGACUAUGUAGACUUUAUGAAUGAGACAAUUGCUCGAGGAGAUGCUGAGAAGGUUCCAGCUGAAGAAACAGAUAAAAUCCCUGCUUGGUACAUUCCCCAUCAUGGGGUUUAUCAUCCUCAAAAACCUGAAAAGAUCCGUGUAGUCUUUGAUUACUCAGCAAAGUUUCAAGGUUCAUCCCUCAAUGACCAUUUGCUAACUGGUCCAGAGUUAACAAAUACCCUUGUAGGUGUUCUCUGUCGUUUCCAUAAGGGUCCGGUGGCAAUCAUGUGUGACCAAUUUCAUGUGAAGGAAGAAGAUCAAGACUACUUACGGUUCCUCUGGUGGGAGAAGGGAGAUCUAGAAUCCAAGCCACAGGUUUAUAGGAUGAAAGUACACCUUUUCGGUGCAGCCUCAUUGCCCGGGUGUGCCAAUUAUGGCCUCAAGCAUAUUGCUGCUCAAGGUCGUGGUUGCUUCAGUGAAUCCUCCAUUCGAUUCAUAGAAAGGAAUUUCUAUGUUGAUGAUGGGUUGACAAGUGUCUCAACUGUAGAUGAAGGUAUCAAACUGAUGAAGGAAGCAAGAGAACUUUGUAGCACAGGAAAGCUUCGUUUGCAUAAAUUCGUGUCAAGCAGUGAAGAAGUAAAAGCAUCAAUUCCUCUGGAAGAAUGUGCUAAAAGUGUUAUGGAACAUGACUUGGCUUUGGGUGAGCUUCACAUGGAAAGGGCACUUGGUGUGAAAUGGUGCAUCAAAUCUGAUAGCUUCCAGUUCAGAGUAUUCGUUAAGGAACAACCACUCACUAGAAGAGGAAUCCUGUCAACAGUGGCUUCUGUAUAUGACCCACUUGGCUUUGCAGCACCCUUAAUUCUUGUUGGUAAGCAAAUACUGCAACAGAUGUGUCAAGAUAAGGUGGGCUGGGAUGAACCACUUAAAGAGGAGUUGUUGACAAAGUGGAAAGCUUGGCUUACAGAUCUGCGAAACUUGGCGGAUGUGAAGAUUCAGAGAUGUUAUCUCCCGUCAACUUUUAAGGAAGUUCAGCGUUAUGAGCUACAUCAUUUCUCUGACGCUAGUACAUCGGGAUAUGGAGAAUGCACAUAUCUCAGAGCUAUUAGCAUAUCAGGAGAUGUUCAUUGCUCCUUGGUUAUGGGCAAGGCUAGAGUUGCUUCUUCUAAAGUUACCACCAUACCAAGGCUGGAGUUAUCAGCUGCAGUAGUUGCUGUACAAACAAGUGACUUGCUCAGAAAGGAGCUGGAUAUAGCCAACCUAGAAGAGUACUUCUGGACUGACUCAAAAGUUGUCCUUGGAUACAUUAAUAAUGACGCCAAAAGAUUUCAUAUCUUUGUAGCAAACCGCAUUCAACGGAUUAAACAAAGCACAGAUACUAAACAAUGGAGAUAUGUGACGUCUAAAGAGAACCCUGCCGAUCAUGCGUCCAGGGGCCUUACAUCAGAAGAGCUCAUAUCCUCCAACUGGUUCACAGGACCAAGGUUUCUGUGGAAGGAUGAACUGCCCAGUGAUGUUAAGGUGGGAGAGAUCAUAGACAAUGACCCAGAGCUACGGAAAGCUCAAGUUCAUAAAACUCAAGCAAAAGAAGAAAGAUCAUUGCUUGAUCGACUUCAGAAGUUUUCAGAUUGGACAAGAGUGGUAAAAGCUAUUGCAAGACUUCAGAGAUGUUCCAGGGAAGUGAAAGGUCUAAGUUCAAGGGUUAAUGAAGCCACCAGUAUUGAAGAAAGACAGGAUGCAGAGCUUACCGUUAUCAGAAUGGUUCAACAAUCAGCCUUUUGUGAUGAGAUCCAGAGACUCCGGCAACAGAAGGAGAUUGAGUCCAGCACAAACAAACUGCAUCGCCUGAAUCCCUUCUUAGAUGAGCAUGGUAUCCUCAGGGUGGGAGGUCGCUUAGUACAUGCUGCAUUACACCCACAUGUGAAACACCCAGCAAUUCUCCCACGACAUAGUCAUAUAUCAACAUUACUCAUCAGACAUUAUCAUGAGCAAGUGUAUCACCAAGGGAGAGGAAUGACUAUAAAUGAACUGCGAUCAAACUGUUUCUGGAUCUUGGGAUGUAGCAAAGCAGUGUCUUCAUAUAUCUACAAAUGCACUAGGUGCAGGAAACUGAGAAGAUGCACUGAAGAGCAAAGGAUGGCGAAUCUUCCUCAGGAACGUAUGGAGACAACCCCUCCUUUCACAUACUGCGGGAUGGACUGUUUCGGUCCUUUCUACGUCAAAGAAGGAAGAAAGGAGUUGAAGCGUUAUUGGCUUCUACUUACAUGUAUGUGUUGCAGGGCGAUCCAUGUGGAAAUGCUGGAUGAUUUAUCCACUGACGCAUUUAUUAAUGCAUUGCGUGCUUUCAUUGCCAUACGUGGAACUGUACGUCAACUUAGAUCCGACCAGGGCACUAAUUUCGUGGGUGCAAAACGAGAAUUUGCUGAAGCACUAAAGGAAAUUAACCAAGAACGCCUAAAGGAGUUUGGCUGUGAAUUCAUCAUGAACACCCCAUCAGCCAGUCACAUGGGUGGCAUUUGGGAGAGGCAAAUUCGGACAAUAAGGAGUGUUUUGACAUUCAUUCUGGAUCAAUCGGCUCAAAGACUUGAUAGUGCCUCACUAAGAACAUUUCUCUAUGAAGUCAUGGCUAUCGUGAAUAGCAGACCCUUAACCACGGAGCAUCUGAAUGAUCCAUCAGGUCCGCAGCCUCUUACACCUAACAAUAUCUUGACUAUGAAGACUUCAAUAAUUUUAUCACCACCUGGAGAAUUUGUCAAGGAAGACCUUUACCUUCAUAAGAGAUGGCGUAAGGUGCAGUAUUUAGCGAAUGAGUUCUGGUCACGUUGGAAAAAAGAAUAUCUUCUAAACCUGCAACACAGGCAGAAAUGGCACAAGCAUCGUAGAAAUGUAAAGGUCAAUGACAUUGUCAUUCUAAAAGAUGACACAGCUCCACGCAGUCAGUGGAAGCUAGCGAAGAUAACAGAAGUGCACAGUGGUACAGAUGGCUGUGUAAGAACAGUGAAGUUGUUGAUCAGUGAUUCGACACUGGAUAAAAAGGGCAAACGUGUUACUAAACCGACUUACCUUGAAAGGCCCAUUCAGAAAAUAGUUACCCUGAUUGAAGCAGAUUAAAAGCGUACCUUGUGUCUACCAUUCUUUGGGUUAGUCCAUAAGAUUUUUGAAUAAAAGUUGUCACUAAGUUACAAAAAAUCACAAGAAAGUGUUUUGGUGGGAGUGUAACUGACAGAGAAGUCAGUUUAAUAUUUCAUGUUUAUUUUAUUUUGUUAAAGACCUUUAAUUUGAAACUGCUUUGUAGAGAGCUGCUUGAGUUGAGACUUUUAUUAUGAAAGGCACCGUGUAACUCAGGAAGUUGUUGUCUACACCGCAUGGCAAGCUGAACCUGAAGCUGUAAUCCACAUUUCUAAAGUGCAUUUAAGUUAAUUUACUCAACGGAGGUUACAGAAGAUAUUACCAGAUGUAAGAUUAAGUUCUCCUUUGGUAAUAAGCAGCCAAUGAAUUCUCACGGCAUCUUGAGUUGGAUGGUUAUCCUCAUGGUGAACCAGUCAAUAAAUCGUCAUCAGAGAAUCCUUGUGCUCGUGAAAUUACUGGGGGGGAGCUACACUAGGCGUGCUAUUUGAUCGCAAUCUUUCCUUAGAAAGCCACGUUUCUAGCAUUUGUAAAACUGCAUUUUUCCAUCUCAAAAAUAUAUCUAAAUUAGGGCCUAUCCUCUCAAUGUCAAAUACAGAGAUGUUAAACUAUGAAGUUAUGACCUCAAGGUUAGAUUGUUGUAAUGCUUUAUUGGGUGGUUGUUCUACACGCUUAGUAAACAAACUACAGCUAGUCCAAAAUGGUGCAUUG